AUGUGGCAGAAAAAGAUCUUCCUGUUCUUUGUGAUCAUCAGUACAGUCAGUCUGCUGUUGCACCAAGGACGACACUUGAACUGGAACAUGAAGUCCUUCCAUUUUGGCUGCUCCGCUGUCACUCGAGGCCUGAGAGAAAAAGUCACCACUGUGGUUUUCCUAAAGACGCACAAAACAGCCAGCUCCACCAUGCAGAACCUGCUCUUUCGAUUCGCUGAGCGCCACAACCUAACCGUGGCUUUACCCGUGACCAUCUGCGGACACCAGUUCUGUUACCCGCGCACCUUCUCCACACACUUUGUCCAUCCGCACACCCUCCCCCCUCAGAUCCUCACCAACCACAUGCGAUUCAACAAAGUCGAAGUCCGGCGUCUGAUGCCCAACAACAGCACGUACAUCACCAUCAUGAGAGAGCCCAGCUCCAUGUUCGAGUCUCUGUUCGUCUACUACACCCAAUACUGUCAGAGCUUCAAGCGAGUGACCAAUGCAUCACUGGAAGCGUUCCUCAAUAAUCCCUGGCAUUAUUAUAAAGCCGAAGAAGUAGAUUCAAUGUAUGCAAGAAAUACAUUGACUUUCGAUUUAGGUGGGGAUAAGGACCGCCCUGCGACAGAUGUGGCCUACGCUAAAAGCUUUACGGCACAAGUGGAGAAGACCUUUCUCCUGGUCAUGAUUUCAGAGUAUUUUGAUGAAUCUCUCAUCUUGCUACGUCACCUUCUUAACUGGGAUUUAGAGGAUGUUGUCUAUUUUAAGCUCAACAUGAGGACGGAAAACUCAAAGCAAAGUUUGAAUCCGCAGCUUUCGUCUAAAAUUCGUGCCUGGAAUUCAGUUGAUGCCUAUCUCUUUGACCACUUCAACGCCUCCUUGUGGCGCCAGCUGACCACAUUAGGCUUGGACUGCGUGGCCAAAGAGAACUUCAAUACACAAAAUCUCUCCUACGUUCCGAGUCCAUGCGCUAUCGGCGAUCGUAUCAAUAUCGAACGCAUCUACAACAGCAGCAUGUCCGAUCCGUUAGAAACCAACCGCUUCACCGUAUAG